GUUCCCUGUUCGAUCCGGUUCGCCAGUCGAGUGCUGAGCUCCGGAAACGCCUGUGGCGGUUGUACUUGGUCCAGGUCCGCCGUCAUGGCGCUCUUAAUGGAGCACCAGUUCAAACAGCUGCCGGCGGACAAGCAGAUCGACACCCGCGCUUUCCUGGACAGUGUCUCCUACCUGCCGACCUUCUUUGAUUGCCUUGGCGCCACAGUGUUUUCACCAAUCAAAGCAGAUAUAAUGGGCAACAUCAAUAAAAUUAAGACUGUGUUUGAGUCAAAUCCCAUAAAAUUCAAGACAUUACAAAUGAUUCUUGAAGGCGAGAAGGAGCUGUAUGGCUCAAGCUGGCCAAAGGUUGGAGCUACGCUGGCACUAAUGUGGCUAAAAAGGGGUUUGAAAUUCAUACAGGUAAUGCUGCAGAGUAUUGCAGAUGGGGAGCGUGAUGAUGCACAUCCAAAUCUCCUUCGAGUCAAUGCAACAAAGGCAUAUGAGCUGGCUUUAAAGAAGUACCAUGGCUGGAUUGUACAGAAGGUUUUUUCUGUCGCAGUUUACGCUGCUCCGUAUAAAUCAGACUUUCUAAAAGCGCUGUCAAAGGGCAGAGAGGUUAAAGAAGAAGAAUGCCUAGAAAAAAUAAGACAGUUUUUGGUCAACUUUACAGUGACUGUUGAUGCUAUCUAUGAGAUGUACACAAAGAUGAAUGCAGAGCUGGAUUACCAAGUUUAAGACUUGCACUGACAAUCUUUACUCUUUUUUUCCCAUUUUUACUCUUUCUCUCAAGGGUAUACCCUGUAAUCAGUGUGAUUUAAGUUGCUGUUUGCAGAGUGGUGAUCGUUAACCUGCAGUAAUCAGUGUGGAGAUGACACUGAUCACGUGGAGUUGAUCCAUGUGCAAGUUGCUACGUUCACCUUUUCAGUAGUGCUACAAUAGCGGUGAAUUAAAUCAACACAACAGUUUUAUCCCAUUUGUCCUUUUGAUCUAUUUGACAGAAUAAUGCUGUGUAUAUUUUCUAAAUUUAUUUUACUAGUUAAUACAAGCAAAGUGGGGGUUUUCAAUGGUUACCCCUUUACGACACUUUACCACAGCACAUCCUUUGAUCAUUUAUAAAACAUUGAAGUAAAUGUGUAGGCGUGUUAAUCUUUUCAUUAAGUAGAUAAUGCAGUCUUUGUAAAGUUUUAGGUAAAUAAUUUCUGCUGUAUAAAGUAAUUGAAUCUACAUCCUUGAUCUAUUUUGAAACAUAAUGAAUGAUCUGUGUAUGCUAAAGUUGAUUCUAGAUAAACUGACAAUUUUGAGGUUAAGUUUUGCACUGAAUUAAUGUGAAUCAUUGAUUUUUCUCUUUCCGCCCCUCCAUCCACCCCUCCCCCAAUCCCAUUUCAAUAAGCCUGUAAUCAUGCUGAUGUUUGGGUUGAAAGCGCCCAAUUUUGACUGCCUCUGAGGCCUUUCACGUGAGCCCAUGCACGAUACACAGGUUGCUGAAAGGAUGGCAUAGCUCAGUAAUGCUCACUUGCUUUUCCUCAUUAGAGUCAUGGGGAUUCAUCCUGCUGUAAUCUUAUCAAAUUGUCCAACAAAUGUUAACUAAUUUGGGACAGAAUAGGGCUGUUUAAAAAGAGGCAGUUUAAAGCUUGCGAAGUAUUGAAAUGCAAAGCAUUUCUUUGCCUUGUUGAAAUGGAUCUGGUAGGAAUUUGAGUUUGAGGGAUUUCUUUGCAGUCUUUUUCUAAUCCUACUUUGAGAAGUUCCUGCCUAAGUUUACUGUCAUAUGUUGAAGCAGUUUCACAAAGCACAAUUCCGAUCAGUACACUCACCUAAAAGCUGCCGCUGAUUGUAAAUUUUAAAUGGUUCUUGAAGAUGACAAAAAAGAUUGAACACAAAAUUGGAAGAGAUCUCAUUGCUGUACAGUAUCAGAAAAAUACAGAAUAUACAGUGGCAUGCAGAAAUUUGGGCACCCCUGGUCAAAAUGUCUGUUACUGUGACUAGUUAAGCGAGUAAAAGAUGACCUGAUUUCCAAAAGGCAUAAAGUUAAAGAUGACACAUUUCUUCAAUAUUUUAAGUAAGAGUACUUAUUUAUUCUCAUCUUUUAUAGUUUCAAAAUAACAAAGGAAAAGGACUGGAAGCAAAAGUUUGGGCACCCUGCAUGGUCAGUACUUAGUAAUACCCCCUUUGGCAAGUAUCAGAGCUUGUAAACGCUUUCUGUAGCCAGCUAAGAGUCUUUCAAUUCUUGUUUGGAGGAUUUUUGCCCAUUUUUCCUUGCAAAAGGCUUCUAGUUCUGUGAGAUUCUUGGGCCAUCUUGCAUGCACUGCUCUUUUGAGGUCCAUCCAUAGAUUCUCGAUGAUAUUUAGGACGGGACUGUGAGGGCCAUGGCAAAACCUUCAGCUUGUGCCUCUUGAGCUAGUCCAUUGUGGAUUUUGAGGUGUGUUUAGGAUCAUUAUCCUGUUGUAGAACCCAUCCUCUCAGCUUUCUUACAGACGGUGUGAUGUUUGCUUCCAGAAUUUGCUGGUAUUUAAUUGAAUUAAUUCUUCCCUCUACCAGUAAAUGUUCCCGUGCCGCUGGCUGCAACACAAGCCCAAAGCAUGAUCAAUCCACUCCUGUGCUUAACAGUUAGAGAGGUGUUCUUUUCAUGAAAUUCUGCAUCCUUUUUUCUCCAAACAUACCUUUGCUCAUUGCAGCCAGAAAGUUCUAUUUUAAGUUCAUCAGUUAAAAUCUAAACAAGCCUGCUGCAUUUUGGAAACAAGUCCUGAGGACUGAUGAAGUUGAACAGUGAGGCAGCGUUGGUAGUUACACUGUAAGUAAAUAUUGGCUAAUACCAUUAACCUGAAAAGUGCAAUAUUUUGACUAUUUUUCUUACAUAAAAUAAAGAGGCCUAAACUGACCAGGAUGCCAUUAAGCUGGGGAUGUCAUGUCAUUGGGAUUUUUAGAAUGGCCACUCCACUAUUGUCAUCUGCCAUGACUUUUCAGCAGCCCGUGGAAAUCUAAUGAUCAUAAAUGAUGUUAGAUUCUAUGGAGUAACACCUAUAAGGUCUGACAGGCUGGCAAUACUUCUUUGGAGCAUGACGGGUAGAAAAACGUCUGAUGGGAGAGUUGCUAUUUUAGAUGGUUCAUUCUUUAGAACUUUGUCAUGCUACAGAUAGUCUCUUGGAUCAAACUUGAUUAAGCUUUCAUUGCAAUUUGGGAUGAUGAAAACUUGAAGUUCUGGGUGUUUUUGUCCUCAAACGGGGAUUCCUAACCUCUUUAAUGCCAUAGAGCCUUACCUUUAACUGAGGGGUCAGCUCGGGUUGGGAAGGAAGAGAGCAUUUGGACUUUGUCUCCAUUCUCUCAUUUUGGAAAUUGAUGAAGCUGCUGUACUUGUACAACAUUUUCUUCAAAUCUUUUAAAAGAUCUUUAGCUUUCCUUUCAAUCUAGAAACCUUUUUCUCUGAUGUUCUCUCAACCCGCUUAUUCCACAUGUGCCUUCCGAUACAAUCUUGUCCUAUGCAAAGUCUUAUCUGAGAAAAAACUCCAUAGAAUUUUUUGGUUGAAGGGAGCUUUCCCAAAAUUCAUGGGACUUCUGAAAUGCUUUUUGAAUGACUGCAUUGUAAUGUUAUAUUUGGAAUGUCUUUAAACCAGAUAUUCUCCAGGUUCUGUAAAUGAUCUUAUUUUAUAUCCUGGUAAAUGUGCAGCAGUCAUACUGAAAUAUUAUUGUGCAUGAAAAAUGCAGACCUAUUGAUAAUUGGGGCAUGGAUGUUUGGUGUCAGCACUGAGCAGUUCCAGACAAAAUUCUUUUUCUGGAGAUCCACGUCUCUUUUUUACAAACAAAGACAGCAAAUUAUUUCAGAGCCUCUCAUGUCACUUGAAGGAUUUGGAUCAUUGUUAUAAACUGCUUGAACUUGGAAUUCUUCAUGCCACCCAGAUAAGUUACCAACCCUUCUUCCUCUAUUUUUUUGUAAAAUUCCCAUAGAUUCCAUUUACUAUAUGUACUAUACCUGUUGUCUUACUAAAGUAACUACUAUUGAGAAGCUAGAAUACUGUAGCAAUAAGAUGACUGCUGUAUUUGAAAUACAUCUUUGCUUGUGACUCUCACGUUAUUUGACUUCCAUUAUGCAGAGAGGUUCCCAACCUAUUUUAUGCCAUGGACCAAUACCAUUAAGCAAGGGAUUUGUGGACCCCAGGUUGGGAACCUCUUUAUUAUAAAGUUUUUCUUUAAAUUAAUUUCUUUGAACUCAUUUAAGUUGCCUUUAUGAACAAGAUUGAGUACAUUUUUGUUCUCUCUUGUAGACAUUUAUAAAUUGGUCUUCUUGAAUGCAGAAUCCUUCUUGUUUUGGAGAGCUUACAGCAAAGUUGUCAGUCUCCACAUCAGGAUCCAGCUGUUGAAUUAUGUACUUUUCACUUUCUCCAUUCCUGGCCAGGUGUUUCUAAUAUUUCCUAAUUUUGUCCAAAUUUUUACCUUCAGUAGCAUGCCCAAGGGGACUAACGUUUUGUCUGUAAUAACUGCCAGUCAAUGAAGGGAAGUACAGUCUAAUCUAAUCCUCUUCUCAUUAGUCACUUGUCAGAUCUUUGCCAGCAGAACCAGCUUGUCAGGGCUUGCAACUCUCUUCUUUCCCAGCAGCCUGGGAAGGAAAGUCCUGCUAAUGUUGCAAGCAACUCAUUCAUUCCAUUUUAUUUAUUACUGUCCUAUGUGCAGACAGGUUUGAGAACCAGAUCUGUGUUUACUGUACGUUUACGGUUUGAGUUGCCUUUGUUUUAACCUGGAUUGUAAUUAUCUUUUUGAAGGAAUGCUAAUGAGGUGACUUCCUCAGCUGAAUCUUUAAAUGUAAAGUUUCUGUUUUAAAAAUUAUCUCCAGUCAGAUUGGUACAAGUAUUUUAACUAUAAUAAAACUUUGAAACUAU